UCAAAACUUGGCACUUCUGGACGGGUGGCGGGAAGUUGAGACGUAGAUAGUAGUCUGUCAAAAAACGACAAUGAGUAAUCUGUUUUCUCCUCCCCUGUACAAGCAGAGACACCAGUUUGUAAUCGAGUUUGUUAAAAGGUGCUGGAUGUGGGCUGUGCAGACUGCAGACUGCUGACGACCCUCAAGGUCCAUCGCCACGGGGUAGAAUUACUCGCAGGAGUGGACAUCGACUGCGCCGCCAUUCAACGAAGAAAGUUGGUCUUUGCUUGUAGUGAUCUGAGCGAAAUACAGCUGAUCCAAAAUCCCUUCCUAAAGUCUAUAAUCAUGAGCUUGGCGAUGUAUCCCUGCACAUUGCAUCCGGUGUAACGCUGAACCUGGUUGUUGUCAUGGUAAUGUGUGUUGCUGUCAGGCACGCGCUGGCCCCACUCUCCAGUGACUACCUGGUGCCAGGUGACAGGCCCUUGACCAUCGAGCUGUACCACGGCUCCGUCAUGGAAAAAGAGCCCUGCACCAAGGGCUUCGACCUUGUAACGUGUAUUGAACUAAUCGAGCACUUGGAUCCUGGGGACGUGGAGAAGUUUUCAGAUGGUGUGUUUGGAUAUAUGGUCCCCCACGCUGUUAUCAUCAGCACUCCAAACGCCGAGUUCAACCCUGUACUGCCAGGACUAACCGGCUUCAGACACAAGGACCACAAAUUUGAGUGGACCAGAGCGCAGUUUAGCACCUGGGCGCUUGGAAUCUGUUGGAAGUAUGGCUACUCCGUGGAGUUCACUGGAGUUGGUGAAGCUCAGGACAGAGAUGUUGGUUUCUGCUCCCAGAUCGCAGUGUUUCAAAGAGAUACUGAAUUAAAUGCACCUGUGAACAAUACAUACCUGGUUCCCCAGGUGUAUCGACUGCUGUACAAGGUGGUUUACCCAAGCCUGCAAGACAACAAAGUGUUCCACAGGACCCUGGUUAGCGAGGUGCUCUACAGUGCAGAGAGCCUCAGACGACGAUGGCGGGAGGAAAGGGAUGGAGCACGGUCUGACUUGACCUCUGACAUCUGCGGCUCGGGGUCGGCAGAGGGUCAGGGGGUGUACAGGUGUGGCAGGUCUGUGCGUGUGCCCCUCCUGGACGUGUGGGCCAGCCCCAGAGUGCAAGCCCUGUGUGUGGACGUGCAGCACCUCCGGGAGGCUCUGCUGGCGGGCUCGUGGGUGCAGCUUGACACCGAUGGAGGGGCUAUAGUUCUGCCUGAUGAGGAUGAGGAGAAUGAAGAGGAGGAGCAGGAGGAAGAAUGUGGGAGAGAGUUUGCAUUCAGGCUUGAGAAACGCAACAUAACGGAGGAUUGGGAUGCCGAUCUUGGGUGACGUCUUGGAUAUUUAGGCUGGAUUAAGAGACAAACCGAUGAUGGUAGCCAUCAAAGCUGCCCUGCAAUUUUGUUUUGAUAAAGACCUUUUCUCGUUUUGCAUUUUGAUAUAUGUUCUGUUGUCCAAUUUAGGAUAAGGUUUCUCACAUAAACACCACUUGAUAUUCUCAAGAAUGCCAUUGUAUUAAAAACAGAAUCAGAAGUCUUGCUGUGUGGUUUUGAGAUGUACUGGGUCUAUUUAAUGUUGCAUGGAAUACAAGUCAUCAGCAUUAUAAUAAAUUAUAGCAUGGAGACCACAAUUAGUCAAGUGGUAGAACGUCAAAACAUUGCAGGACAGUCAAAAGCAACGUCACUUACAUCAGAUAUCAUACAGUACAGGGACCAAAAGCUUCACAGAAGAGAGAAAACCAUCAUGCUGUUUGCUACAACAUGAAAAGUACCAGAAUCUAAACACUCAGGAUUACUAUGAAUUGUGGAGUAUGGCCGGACGUUCUCCUGUGUAACUGCAGAACUGUGGAUGAAACGCUGUCCUAAGAAGACCUGGUGCUUCUUAGGUUUGCUAAAGUUCUUGGAGUUGCAGAAUACACAAGACAGGAGAGCAUCUACUUCCGGUGUAGGUUAAAGUAUAGAAAAGGUCAGAGUUUGAGUUUUCUCAGGAAAAGUAUUGACUUGAUAAAUUGUUAAUAUUUUGAUAUUCAGUUUCUGUGUGAAUAUUUUAAGUUUGUGCAGCCACAUUAACAAUAAUAAUGGAUGAAAUAAACCUGAGAUGCAUAACUAAAUUUAGGGAUGUCCCUGUGAUGUCUCGUGAUAGUGUAGGGCCCUGGAUAAAAAUCAAGUCUGGAAAAACAAGCUUCUGAUGAGAUGGCACCUUACAGUUAACAGACAGUGUAGAUGGAUUUGAUGACAUCCAAGACCCAUGUUUUUAGACUUUACAUCAAGCUCUACAUAAUACAUCUUUCUAGCCAGAGUUUAACUCUUAAACAAAGCUACCAAAGAUUAUACAGUGCAUAUGCACACCCACACACCCACACUCAGUUAAAAAAAUGCACAACACAAAGAGGCAAGUGAGACCUCUAAAACAUGGCUUUUGUAAAGUUACUGGCACAUAAAUAAAACCAGAGAACGUGGUUCAACAUCAUACCAGCAGACUAGAAACAGACUUUUACUAUAAUUUCAUCAAAGUCAUCAAAAAUAGCUUCAGUGAUAUAUUAAGAUAAACAUCAAAUAGUGUGCACAAAAGCAUUGGUAGACAUUUCGUAGUGUUUGUUACGUCUAAAGUCAGCAUGUUACUGCAGUAGAAGCACAGUGUAGGACCACUGGAAAUGUUGGGUACAGAGAAGAAAGGAAGCAGACUCAGCUAGGGUUGGGGGUUAGGGCUAGGGGUAGAGGAAAGGAAGUGUACAUCAGGUCCAGGACUCCAUCUCGGUAGUACCUCAGACUAAAUGGAGCUGCAGACAGUUUUUACAACAACUGUAAACCAAAACUAUAACGAAUGAGGGGUUCAUCACUACAAACUACUAUGAAAAGAACGAGGGUUCAUAACUACACACCACUAUUAAAACCAACGAGGGAUCAUAGGUGUGCUUUCCUAUGAACCUUCCAUCUGUGGUCAGUAAAAAGAGCAUUUCAGCCACAGUACGUCCUAGACAACAACUAGGUGGUGAGAGUCCGUCCGUACACGGCUAAGUCAUCGGCAGUUACGUAGCAGCUUGAAUUUGGCCCCAUAUAAAAGCUCUACUGAGAAAGUUUAAAACCAAACGAAAAGCAGCAGCUGCAGCUUACAACAUAUUUUCUUUAAUCUGGUCGGAGAACUAAUGUCAUAUCAGAGGAUAUGAAUGCUUCUAGAGACUCUGAGCCAAUCCUAAAAUUUCUACAACUCUUACAGUUCCCUAUAACUGUUUUAGGUUUAAGCGCUACAUGCUGAAUAUUAUUUCCCACAUCUUUUAUUUAAAAGAUUGCUUGCUUGCACACACGCACACACACACGCACACGCGCACACACACACACACGAGAUGUGAAUAUGAGACAGAUACAUCUUUCACAAUGGUAUGAACCCCUACUCAACAGAUGAAUUACUUCAAAAUGAACAUGAAAAAAACUCAAACACAAUACAAAUUGUUUUCGGUCCCAUUAUGCAUAUCCAGGUUUCCCCCUUCAUUUUAAUGUUACAUGGCUGACUCAAAAAAA